AUGAACAAAAAAGAACAUUACCACCCGCCCUCUCAGGCCCGUGGUGCCCAGCUUCAAGACUGCCAAGCUUGCUCUCGGCCGGACAUAUGCUGCCCGCCGCUAAAAGUCUGCCACACGCAGACGCGUUUCUCGCCCUCGGGCAUUUACUGCUGCGCUCAGAGUGACGAAUGCAUCGUCGACAAGGAGCACCCCGCAGCGUGCGCGGUCAACACGAUGCAGUGUGGCAGAGACCUCGAUGGAGGAUGUUGCCCAGAUGGCAUGUGUGCUGCAGAUGGCUGUCUCAAUGUACAGACAUCAUUGCGCAAGCACUCCAUGCCAAGAGCGAUGAUCACCGGGUUGUUUCACGGCGAUAAGACCGGCGAGGCAGUCCAUACAGGGGUUAGGUUUGGAGAAGUCGGAGUGGUCAAAUCAAGUGCGUGUCAUGCAUUCUUCGGUCCAAGCCUGUUUAUCAUGCCUGUGGCUGUUGUUAUCAUGACUUAG